GUGAACUCGGACCACCGCCUCACUGGAACUCGGAUCACAGGACUAAACACACCGGGUUUCGGUCCCAACCUGCAGCGGAUUCCUGCCAGUUUGGACCCUUCCAGCUGCGUCUUUAUUGGCUUUACUUUUCUCCACAUCGGGAUAAACAUUUACCUCAAACUUGCUCUUCUUUGGAAGACUUAAAAGUAAAUUUUUCCUGCACCAAAGUGAGCCCCGCUUGUGUGCGCUGAAUGAACCUGUGCGUAAAAGCGCGUGCAGCAAAGCGCCUCGAUCUCGAUCUGAAGAAAGGUUUGGUCACUUCUCAUAACACACGUGCUUCCUGCAGAGGAUGACAGUCAGAUGAGCGCAGAGCUCCUGUUCAGGUGGGUUUAACCCUCCGCUGCUGGAUGAGAUGCCACCAUGUCCUUUACGCACCGACUCGCUCUGCGCCUUCUCAUCUUCACCUUCAUCCUCACGGUUAAUGGAAUGUUUUCUCCCUGCCAGUUCUACUGGGAGAUGCAGAAAGCAAAGAGUGACUGUCAGACACAGCUGCAGAAGAACCAUACCACUCAUGCAGGAUGUCACGGCGAGUGGGACAACGUUUCAUGUUGGCCGAGCGCUGCUGUCGGCAAUGUGCUGACCUUACAAUGUCCCACCCCCUUCCAGCUGCUUUUUCACAAGAACGGCACCCUCAGCAGGAACUGUACAGAGAGUGGCUGGUCCACCGUCUAUCCCGACUACAUCAUCACCUGCACGAGCACCUUAGAGACCCCAGAGACAACCAAAAGGCUGGUCUUCUACAAGGCGGUGCAGAUUCUGUCCAAUCUGGGCCACAGCCUGUCAAUCAUCACUCUGCUAACCAGCACCAUCAUCAUCUGCUUGUUCAGGAGACUCCACUGCAUGAGGAACUACAUCCAUCUGAACUUGUUCGUGUCGUUCAUCCUGCGCGCCGUCGCAGUGCUCGUCAAAGACACCCUGCUCUUCUCGUAUGGUGAAACCACAGACUGCAGCCGACAACCCUCGCUGGUGGGCUGUAAGGCCAGCCUGAUCUUCUUCCAGUACUUCAUCUUAGCUAACUUCUUCUGGCUGCUGGUUGAAGGUCUUUACCUUCACACGCUGCUGCUCGUCCUCCCCACCUACUCCUUCCGCCUCUCCAUCUACAUGCUCAUCGGCUGGGGAAUCCCUCUUGUGUUCAUCGUGGCAUGGAUCAUUUGUAGGAUAUACAUGGAGGACACGGGGUGUUGGGAGAUGAACAACGACCCCGUACCAAACAGAGUGAUCAACUGGCCCAUCAUGGCAUCUAUCAUUAUCAAUUUCAUCCUGUUCAUCAGCAUCAUCCGCAUCCUGGUGCAGAAACUGCGCAGCUGUGAUGUCGGCGGAAACGAUCAAUGCCAAUACAAGCGCCUGGCUAAGUCCACACUCCUGCUGAUCCCUCUGUUUGGGGUGUAUUACGUGGUGUUUUUCUACCUGAUGGAACCGGAAAAUGAAAACGUGAAGCAAGUGAAGAUCUUCUUCGAUCUCGGCCUCGGAUCAUUCCAGGGUCUAAUUGUAGCGGUUCUCUACUGUUUCCUCAACAGUGAGGUUCAGAGUGAGCUGAGGAGGACAUGGAAGUGUUUUUCUGUAAAGCGCUGCGUGGGACAGGACUUCAGGCUCCACAGCGUGAACCAAAAUGAUGGGCUACUGCAGCAGAAGAAGACCAUACCCGAUGACACUCCUGUCAGCUAAGAGCAGGAAACUGAGGCUAUAUUUCACACUGGUUCACCAAACGUGGACAACAGAAGAUUGGAAAAAUGUUGCCUGAUCUGAUGAGUCUCGAUUUCUGCUGCCACAUUUGGAUGGUAGGGACAGAAUUUGGUAUAAACAUGAAAGGAUGGAUCCAUCCUUUCUUAGAUCGGUUCAGGCUGGUGAGCACAUCCCUUCAUGACCACGGUGUACCCAUUUUCUGAUCGCUGCUUCCAGCAGGAUCAUCUCAAACUGGAUUCUUGAACAUGACAAUGAGGUCACUGUACUCAAAUCGGCUCCACAGUCACCAGAUAUCAAUGCAGUAGAGAACCUUUGGGAUGUAGUGGAACAGGAAAUUGGUAGUGGAUGUGCAGCCCACAAAACUGGAGUGACUAUGUGAUGCUAUCAUGUUAAUAUGGUCCUAAACCUUAAAAGAAAGCACAGGAGGUUUAAUCAGGUACUAAGAAGGGGCUAUUAUUAGUGUUAGGAGCAGGGUAAGUUAUCACCUUCACGAUACUCCACACUUUAAGCUCAACAUACUGCAGCCUUCUGAUCUAUUGCUGUAAUUUCACUUUGCAGUACACCCCUCUGUUUUGACUGGCAAGAUAUCAUUGGUGUUUCCUGGGUAACUGUAGCUCUUGUGACUCUUCAUUUUUCCAUGUUUUGAAUGCAUUUGAUAACACUGUAUGUUUAAAUUGGUACCAAAUUCAGGGCUCAACAAAAAAAGCUGUCUGAACAGCAUGUUAUCAUCAGUAAUUUCACUAUGAUCCUCUUGGAGUUCAGUUUUUUCCUGAAAGUCUAUCAUGUAUCAUUGUUAUUUUACAUUUAAUUUAAUAAGGCCUACCACACCUAUUAAAAUUUAUCGGUUUUUCAGGAACUCCAUUUACUUUUACGUGAUAGCAUUCAAUUUGAGAUAAAAUUAGAAUACAGAUACUUCACUUUAAGGGUGAUCAGUGUUCAGUUUCCCAGACACAGAAUGUUCUCAUCCAAACGAGUUUUAUCAGCGCCUUGAGGUGACUGUUGGGAUUUGGCACUGCACAAAUAAAAUGGAUUUGAUUUGAAUUAAAGCCAAAAACCAUG